AUGACUUCUCCGCAUCUCAAGGCUGUGAUAUUCGACGUUGGCGGCGUCGUUUGCCGCAGCCCGCUACUCGCUAUUGCAGCCUACGAGCGAGAGCAUGGGAUUCCAGACAACUACAUAAACUGUGCCAUAACGGGACGUGGCCGUCACGGUGCAUGGCAGAAGUUCGAGCGGGGAGAGACGUCAUUGUUCCAUUUCUACGAGGCCUUUGGCCGCGAGCUAUCAGACACCAAGUUGAACAAUAUUUGGUACAUGCAAUACUGCAAACGCAAGGGAAUAGAGCAUCCCAAGCUCCCUGACAAACUGGAAAUUGAUGGCAGGGAGCUAUUCGGUCGGAUGAUGCGUGACAGCGGAUCCUUUGAUGAAGUAGUGGUGGAAGCAAUCCGGCGUAUCAGAGGCUCGUAUCGGGCUAUUACGUGGCGUGUCAUCGCGCUCACUAACAACUUUUCCAAGACGGGCCUGGAUAUGAUCGCAGAAGUGCCACCGUCGGCGGAACAGUGUCCUGAUUUCACAAUUGAAUCCGAGCUGGCGUUUCUUGGCUGGAAGGAAGGACCAACGCCGCCUCGACUGCGAGCACUGUUCGACGACUUCUGCGACUCCAGUGCGCUGGGAAUGCGGAAGCCUGAUCCUGAGAUCUACCUGCUGGCCUGCAAACGAAAUUGUAUCAAGCCAUACGAGGCUGUCUUUCUUGACGACCUGGGAAUGAACCUUAAAGUAGCCCAGAAUCUUGGAAUGGAGACCAUUCAUGUACCGAUAGGCAACUCACUCGGUGCUAUCAAGCAAUUAGAAAGGAAACUCGGCAUUGAUCUCACAAGUGGACUGGAGCCGCACAAUCGGUCUCCUUCGAAGCUAUAA